AUGUCUUCUCGGACGUUUACGCUGGCCUCCCGUGCCUCACAACUUGCCCAGGCUCAGACAAAUAUGACCCUUGCUGCUCUCGAAGCGUUACAUCCGCAUUCGUCUGAUGCUUCCCCGAAAUUCACCAAAGAAUGGCUAAGUUCUGCUGGCGAUCGAGAUCAAACCCAGGCGCUGUACACCCUCAAUAGCGCGGAAGGUAAAUCAUUCUGGACGAAGGAUCUGGAGGUAGCACUACUGGACAAGAAAGUGGACAUUCUGGUGCAUGCUUUUAAAGAUGUGCCAACCACACUUCCGGAUGGUUGUGUGAUAGCUGGAGUCCUCGAGAGAGAGGACCCCGUGGACAGCCUUAUCACUAGACCAGGAUCUGAGUGGAAAACGUUGGAAGACCUCCCAGAUGGUUCUGUGGUUGGGACAAGCAGCGUUCGAAGAAUUGCUCAGCUCAAAAGAAACUAUCCUAACUUGCAAUUUAAGGACUGCAGAGGUAACAUCGAUACGCGGCUCGCCAAACUCGAUGCACCGGAUUCCCCAUAUGCUGCUAUUAUCCUAGCUCGAGCGGGGGUAGUGCGACUUGGAUUAGGCGCCCGUCUGACAUCGGACCUUCCCCCACCAAUCCUCUUUCACGCGGUCUCCCAAGGCGCCAUUGGGUUUGAAGUCCGAGCUGACGACACCGAGGCUCUGGCACUUUGUCAGCAAAUCACACACAGGCCGACAUUCCUUCGCUGCAUGGCCGAGCGGGCAUUCCUUCAUGUGUUAGAGGGUGGCUGCAGUGUCCCUGUGGGUGUCGCUACGGCUCUUGACGAACAAGACUAUUUUGAGAUGACGGGAUGCAUCACGGCGCUUGAUGGUAGUGAGCACAUUCAGCGAACUCUCAAGGAGAAGAUUGGAACGCGGGAAGAUGCAGAGGCUAUUGGAGCGCGAUUGGCAAGGAUCUUGAUUGAGGCGGGGGCAGAAAAGAUUCUUCAGGCAGUCAAAGACGAUAGGGAAGAACGCAAUAGGUUGAAUUGA